CGGCCUGGUGAAAUUGUGGAGCGCAUUAACAUUACUGGGAUCAUAUCAGAAUGAGGCGUGUGCAUUCAGAGUCAUGCAGGUGUCGCCAUUUUUACUAGCGUUGUCUGGGAAUAGCCGUGAGCUGUGGUUCGGAGACCAGUUGAUCUAGUGAGGUGGGCCUACAGAAAAAAAAAUACAUUGGGGGGAAAAAAAUGUUUUUUCUCAGAAGAAGUAUUUUUAGCAGAAAUAUAUACAAUUUUUUCAACUCCGCAUUGAUGGUUCCCACAUCCCUCACUAUAGGCCACAGGUCACUUUACGUGGGUGAACGGGCCUCGCUUAGCAAAACAUUCAGUGCCAGAGAUGUCACACUUUUUGCUGAGCUGACGGGGGACACGAAUCCUCUCCACCUCGACCCCGAAUACACCAAAACUACCUCUUUCGAGACCCCCAUUGUUCAUGGAGUGCUGAUUAACGGUCUGAUCUCAGCAGUUCUGGGGACGAAGUUGCCCGGCAAAGGCUGUGUGUUUCUUUACCAGGAAAUACGCUUUCCGGCACCCCUCUACAUCGGAGAGGAGGUUGUGGCGGCAGUGGAGGUCAAAAAGAUCAAAAUGUCCUUUGCUUUUAUUUCUGUUUCCUGCACUGCCAAAGACAAAGUGGUCAUGGAGGGAGAGGUCAUAGUCAUGAUGCCGCAAGACGCACAACAAUCAUGAGAAACUUUAGUGAAUCCAGCUGUUCAGUUUUUAUGUGCUGCCAGGAAUUAAAUGUUCUGUCAAAAUGUAGCGCUCACUCAGAGAUUUAAUAUUUCUUGUUUUUUGUUCUCUGGAAGUUGUUUGAAUAAAAAAAAAAGUGUGAGAAAAUAAACCCACCCUUUGGCUUAGUUCUUUGGUGUGGGCAAUAACUAUCUGUGUCCAACCUCAACAAAGACAUUUUAUGUUCUCUAAAACAGCAAUUAAAAAUUUGUAAGGUUAACAUAAUAGUGGUAAAAUUAUAUAAAAUCAACCAGCAAACUUCUUCCAGCUUAACUAACUUUAACCAAGAUCAAAUUACCUCUUGGUCCUCAGUCCUUACAUUUUUUGCUUAAUUUCUCUUUUGGUUAGUUGAGGAAAUAUGUGUGUUUAGAUUUACAUGUAGUAUUUAAUGCUUGUCGAUGAACUGUAUUAUAUUAAACUAUAUAUACUUUUUCCUCA